AUGACCAAAACUGAAAAGAAAGAGGAGUCUUCCGAGGUCUUACGCGUUUCGAUGGAUUUACUAUACGACACCCAAAAGUUGCAAGCUUUACUGGAGAAGGACCAGAAAAUCAACUUGGGGAAAGGCAAGGUGGACACCUUUAAGAGGGAUGGAUACCAGUCUGUUAGUCUGUACACCAAAAGACUUAUAGACAUGUAUACAUACGAAUUUCAGAUCGAAGCAGCAAAGGCGCUGUUUGGCAAGAUUCCAGACGACUGCAAGCUCUGUAACCUCAGUCGCGUUAAAAAUAACGCCUUUCGAGCCUUCACUGAUGUCGAACUGAAUGAAGACGAUGGUGAGUUAUAUGGAGACGAUGGCGAACUAAGUGGAGGCAAUGGUGAAUUAAAUGGAGGCAGUGGUGGUGCUGACAUACCCGGCGCAGAGGAGUGGGUCCUUAUCGGAGAGCCAGAAAUGUACAAUUACAACGACGUAGUCGCAGCUGUUGGCACUAAGAGCUUUGGCGAUGAAGCAGGCUCCAAGCGAUACAUCGGCUGCUUGAGCCACAUUUCCAGAAUCCCGCAAAGCAACUUGCGGCAAUACAUUUUUACAUUCAACGCGCAAAUAUCUUCUUUACGAAACAUUAAGGUACUGAUGUGGGCGAUUGAUAAUCUCACGUCCUAUAAGCGCGUCGUGGGAAGCCUUUCCAAUGAGGAUGCGAUGAAGUCAAUACCGGAACUGUUCAUGAAAGGCCCUGUGACAGACACUAGACCCUUUACGGAGAAUACUGUAGACAUCCAGGAUGACGUGCUCGAGUCGAUGAACCAAUCGCAAAGAGUUGCGAUAUCAAGAGCAAUUCAGGAAGAUGGGGGCAAGGUGGUGUUGAUUCAGGGCCCUCCUGGAUGUGGUAAAUCGACGGUGAUCGCCGAAAUUGUGCGUUUACUUAUCCCCCAUGGCCAAGAUAGCGCGAGAACACAGGUCCUGGCGUGUGCACAGUCGAAUGUUGCUGUGGUAGAUCUUGCAUAUAAGUAUGUUACCAUUAAAAAACCUAAGGACAAUUUUGAGUGUGUCAUGGAUAUGAGGCCAUCCAAGAUCACCGAUAGCCACAAGAGAGCUGUGCUCGAGCCAUUUACAAUUACCACCCGAUAUCAUCAAGUUGUCAAUGCUGUGUUGCAUACCAUCAUACGCGUCUUUGGGCGUACCCCCACCGCGUGUCACGGGAGCACGACAAAGGAUGGAGUUAAGAAUAUUGUGGCCGCCGAUUUCAAUGCAUGUGUGGAAAGUGGCUUAAUUGAACUACUUCCUCCGAGAGCCCACACUCUCCUUAUGUUUACGGAGGUCACGCUCAGCGAUUCUGAGCUGCCGUCUACCGAUUUGGCCCAGGUGAAGUCCCUUGUUUUAGGAAUGCGCAACGAACUAGAGCUCUUUUUUGAGCCCGUUGACCUCAAGUCGUUGCUCGAACUUUGCAGCGUUAAUCAGCAUACCGGCACAUCGCCACGCUCUAAACCCAUAUCUAUUUAUGGGUGGGUGAAGCAAGCUCUCCUUAACACAGCGUCUGUUGUAUUUUGCACGAUUAAUAUCGGGAUAUCGUUGACUUAUAAUAGACGCUUGGACAGUCUAGCGUAUAUCGUUGUCGAUGAGGCAGGACAGGCACUAGAGCCAGAUGUGGCUGCACUAAUGUGUGUUGAUUCGUACUUUCGUCGCCUUAUCUUGGUUGGAGACCCAAAGCAGCUCCCAGGAUAUUGCGCAUCCAACCGAGGCAAGCGCGAGAUGAUGGACCGCAGUCUUAUGGAGCGUCUCCAGACAUACCGACUGUGCCAUUUUACACUUCUCAAUGUACAAUACCGCAUGCAUCAAGACAUCUGUGCAUUCAUAUCUCAAACCUUCUACGAUAACGAGUUGACCUCCGACGAAUCAAUCCACAACAGGAGCCCUGUUACAACACUACCAGCAAUUAUGCCCGUUAUGUUUCUGGGGUCCCGGACGAGCCAGUCGAAAAUCACGAAAACGAGUGUGGUGAAUAUCGACGAGGCUAGGUACAUUGUUGCCCAUGUAUUCAACGUGCUGCUGUUGAACAGAAAGAAGCCAACCCCUUCGGGCAAUCCUGCGUCUGAAUCAGUAUCUUAUGCUGACAUGGCGAAACUCCCACAAAAGACAAGGGUGCGACAACCCGCAGUGGCUGCCACGCUAUCCAUUGGAAUUAUAUGUAUCUACAAGGCACAGGCCAGCGUUAUACGUUAUCUAAUCGACAAGAUGCUACCCCAAAAAAGAUCUGGAUUCAAUAUAAUCGUUAACACCAUAGAUUCGUUCCAGGGACAGGAGUGUGACGUUAUCUAUGUGGCACUUACAAGAACUACACAGAUUAACGAUUUUAUGCGCGAUCCUAACCGUGUUAACGUCGCAAUUUCGAGAGCUCGACACCACCUAAUUGUAGUGGGGGAUGCAAAUCUUUCGCUGACAGGCGAACAAGACGUCUCGCCAUCCUACUGGCAUAGCCUGUGUGUGGACAGGGAACCCGUGAUUAUUGGUCCAGACUACAUGAGGAACGUACCGCUGUAUGAUGGGCCGGAACUCAUAGCUAGUGCCAAAGCUAAGGAAAUACCAGCAACACCGGCCAUAAUUAAAAAGCUCAUAGCUAAAGGCCUGGCUACUACAACCCCCAUUUGGACCAUCCGCUACGAGAGGCUCAUGAUAGGCCCGAAAAUCCCGCAAGGAAGCCAUAUACUCGAAUAUGUCGUGCAAACACUAGCUUGUGGAGACUUUGACGCGGGAGAUGGCGGUAGAACAACUAGACCUUUAUUCCGCAAACAAAAAGGAGCAUCCCUGCUCUUCGUUACCUCGGUGUGUGAUACAGUGUGUCUUGCGUGGACCGUGGUGGUGCACGGGCACCGCCAGGCCAUUGAGCUUCUUGGCAUCGGAGACAAAACAUUCAUCGAGAAGAAGGUCUGGCCGCUGCUCCGCCACGACAUCAAAGAGCAACCAGAAUGGAAGCUCUCUGCGUCUAUGAGUCUGUGGUCGUCUGGUAUAAGCGUAGACCUCUCCAAGGAUAUGCCAAAAAGUACGUCGUUGCUCUAUGUACCCGUAGAUGUAGAUGUUCCUGCCGCUGACUUAUUGGCGGAUGUACCAGAGAAUGGACACCUUUUGACCGAUCACAGCCACGUUAAAGCCAUGUCCUUUAUGAGGUCCAGACCCAUUAUGAUCCUUGGAGGUGGGGGUACUGGCAAGACGGAGUGCAUGUUGGAUAUGAUCGAGCAGCAACUGGAUAUGGAUACAGACUAUGACAACAUGCAGCUCUAUUUGGGAGCGACAGAUUCGUUAGCCAACUGGUCGUCGGUGAGGCUAUUAAAGCGAGAGAGUAUAACAGAACAGGGCUUUAAGAUGGUAUCGUUCACCAGUCUUCCAUCUCUACUCACAAAGCUAUACAUGUCAAACAGCAGCAUACGCGGGAAGCUCUUUGUAGACCGGUACAUCUUUAGAUCUGAAUAUAUGGAUGCCAUGCCUGCAAUGGUCCGCAGUAUUGGCGCCGAUGAGCUCUACGAUGCUAUCCUCGCACGCAUGGAUAUAGAGGCACACAACAGUACUAGGUUCCUUAGGUCAGAGCACAAGACAGCGCACAAGGUGUACAAAUCGAUCAAAGCAUCGCGUGGCGACAUCGACGCUUACGACCUUCACGCACUCGUUAAGCGAGACCCGCAACGAGUAGUGGCUAUGGCGUCGAAGAUAGCACGCAUCUACCUAGAUGAGGUCCAGGAUAUAUCGUGGACAAUGUGGUCUGUAAUCGAGAUAAUGCUGUCUGCAGGCGCCUCAAGCGUGGUGUGUGCUGGUGAUUUCACACAGCGACUUACACCAGGGAUUUCGGUUAAUGGCAUAAAGACGCUUAUCUAUAAACACCUCCCAAAGAGUAUGGAGACCAUAAAGUUUAAGACAAAUUAUCGAUCAGACCCUAGCAUUAUAUCGCUCGCCAAUCGUAUUCAAUCGUACACACGCAUGAGGGAACAUGCAAUGAAACCGUCCCUCUACCCUCAGGAAAGCAGCAACUCCGUGGCACUGGUAGAGAUACAGGACAUCGAGCAUGAAAAUGUAGCCGAUGUGUUGCGCUAUAUCGGAGUACCAUCCAACAACUACAGAGCCGCGAUUGUCACAUCGUCGUCAUGGGCACAUCGGCUUCGUGAGACUUUGGGUAAAUCUCACAAUGUCUUUAGUGCUUACGAAUGCAAGGGUCUCGAGUUCGACCUUGUUGUGUGUUGGGAUCUAUUCAACCCAAGCAUGGAUGUAAAAACAUCGACUCUAAGGCGUAACAUGGGAACUGCCGCGUUGGAUAGAGGCAAUAUUGAGGGAGAUGAGAACUUCGAGAUAUACUUGAACCACCUCUACGUAACCGUUACAAGGGCACGCAAGCAUCUUAUAAUGGUCGUCCCACCGUGUGAUAGAACCAGUAUUAUGAUCAGGGCACUCGGGAUUAACGAUGUCGUCCAUUACAGCGAGGUCCAGGAGCGUGGACCUCUGCCUGAAAUCACCCUUCUAGUUGACGAGCUCAGUGUGUCUGACGAUCUAAGAAUGGCGAUUGUAAUGAGAGAGAGAGGAUUGCUCCAGCAGGCCCUCAACGUCUUUGAGCAGAAUGGCGACGCUGCACAAGCAGGGUUUACAAGAGCUCUAAUCCAUCGAAAAGAGCACAGGCUUCGCGGGGAAGAUCACAAGAUCCAGCUUUGUAUUUCUGAGUGUUACGGAGUGAUCGAGGCAUUGCAGCAGUUGGCGGGCAGUGUUCUCAAAAUCGAGGAUGUAAAGCUAUUCCUUGCCCAGGCACUGGUCGCUGAUAAACAGUAUACCAGAGCAUGUUUUCUCUACAAGGAAUUGGAGAUGAAAGAUGAACUGGUCACAUGCCUGAUCGAGGCAGUCGAAUCAAAGUCUGAAGAUGUAGCGCAGCUACGAGGCCUAGUAUCCGAUCAAGCUGUAGCUAUAUGGGAGCAUUUCAAGGACAACAAUAGAUACGCAAGAUUUGUUAUUGCGUUAAUGCUGAUAUUCAAAUCUUCGCCUGUAGAUAUAGUCCAGUCGAUGCUCUCGCACAUUCCAUCCAAGACAGGGCUUAUUAUGAUGCAUAACUCUUUGGCAAAGGCCAAUAUAAGCGUGUCGAUCAUUGGAAGUGCCCAUGAGGCACGUGGCAACGAGGAUGAGAGAGCUCUCGUGCCCUCUGGUAGAUUUUAUGACACUCCAUUCCCAAAUACUGAGCGAAGAAGAGUCAAGGAUGCACCUGCUUGCUGA